AUGGCCUCUUCUAGCAAGCUUAGCAAAUCUGAUGGUGAACCAUUAUCUAAUCCACAACAAUACAGAAGCAUCGUUGGCGCUCUUCAAUAUGUCACCUUAACUCGCCCGAAACUGUCCUACUCUGUUAACAAAGUUUGUCAAUUUAUGCAUAAUCCCAGCAGUGAACAUUGGGCUAGCGUCAAGAGAAUUCUUUGGUAUCUCAAGAAAACUAUCUCUCAUGGACUUUUCCUCAGCAAAUCUUCUUCUCAUGCCAUUCAAGCCUUUUGUGAUGUGGAUUGGGCUGGAUGUCCAAAUGAUCGCCGCUCAACUGGUGGGUUUGCUAUUUAUCUUGGCUAUAACUUGGUCUCGUGGUCAGCCAAAAAGUAA